CCCCUCCUCCAGCUGCUGAUGGUCCUGCUGUAGGCAGUCUGCUCGUUCUCCUCAGUGUGAGGACAGCACACGCUCCUUCACAACAGCCUCUGUCUCUCACACACACUCCUGUACUAUUCUGACAAUAUGCUUAAGACUGGAUAUACUCCAAGCAGCACACCUUUGUGGAGCAUUUGAACUAUUUGAGCACUUGAGAAGAAAGAUCAAUCAGCACUAAGGUAUGAGGUGUGCUUGAAUAAGCCAACAAGGAGGGUUUUCUUCCUCUUGACACUGAAAACUACUGAAGUUUUGGACGUCCACCAUGAGUCUUAAGAAGAGGAAACCAAGCAUGGUGUUCAGCUGGCACAAGUCUUUCACCAUCCUUGCCCCGUGGAGAAAAGGUAAAGGGGAUAUUGUUUUAGAUAAUGAUGUUGUACUGACAAAAAUGAAGCUCCUCAACAAUGUCCCUGAGAAACUGCUUAAUGUUGAGGAUUCCAUUUCGACCAUCUCCAUUUCAAUGUCUGAGCAGGAUAACACAGACCAUCUCCAAGCUGAUGAGGUGAUCUCUGUCCACAGCGCUGCUCCUGAGACCACUCUCCCUGAAUCAAAAACAGACUAUCUAUCUUCAAUUUUUGCAGAUUCUGAACUUCCAAGAUUGUAUAAAUUUGAAUCUGAGGACUCUGGGGUAGAAAUGACUAGUGGAGCAACUUCUCCAUCCACACCAACUGGUUCAGAGCAAAGCUUUGUGGUCCACAGUAGGGAAUCUUCAUGUGACUCUGGCAACCUGAACUCUCCUGUACCUGCUGACAAUCCUCUUGAAGACAGUUCAGUCUUCUUAGAAACUGAACAAACUUCUUUUAAGUGUGCUAAACAAGACACUCUUACCAUCCUGGGAGACAGAACAGAGGAAGAGAAUGUUGAUGAUGAUUUAAUAGACAUUACAGUAGAUUCAGAGAGGUCCGAGGACAGAACCCUGAGGAAUACCAUGGAGAACUGUAAAGAUGACAUUGAAAUCAUGGCAGCACAGGAGGAAAUAACAGACACUGCAAUGGCUGAGGACACAAUGUCAAGGAGCCAGUGUUCUGUAGAAGCUUAUGAUGGCAAAACAGGACCUGAAUUUCAGCAACGGCCUUUGAGGAAAAGUACAACCAGUGACAGUCUGGAUGAGUACAUGGAAGAGUGCUGCAGGCUAAGUGAGGUGAACCAAGCCAGUCACUCCAACCCACUAGGCUCUGGACUGGGGUACCUAGAGCACAUCUGCCAGCUCAUAGAGAAGAUCGGACAGCUACAGGAACACAACCUUCGACUACAGAAACAGAUCUGUGGCCUGCAGAAGGAAGGCCGAGUGAUCAAGACUAAAGAGGACUUCUUCAUGCAGCACUGUAGCUGUGGAGCAGCCAGCUUGGCCUUCCAAGAGCUCAAGAGACACUUUCGCAGUGACCACUACAGCCUGACGGCAUCAAGCGGCACACUGUCUGACCUCAGCACAAUCCCUGAGGUCACGCGCAUCCCCCUCAGGGCAGCCAUGAGAGAUGGUGACAUGGGUUACCAACCUGCUCUUCCUGUUUGGAGGAGGGGUCUGAAUCGAAGGAGCUACACAGAGGGAGAGGCCAAGUACCUGAGUGACAGUGCUGAAGUCCUUUCCGCUUCUCACAGACGGUUGAGUGAGAACUAUACAUGGGGAAGAGUGAAGGAACUGGUGAAGAAGACCAAACUGAGGAACCAGAGCCGGCUGGGACUAUCUUCAGGCUCCCUGAAGAGAUCCUGUCCACAGCUUUACCGCCCAGAUGUGAUGUCAGCAGAACGGCCCAGGACAAACAGAAACUCCAUGAUCGCUCUGGGCCAUCAGAAACUGGACUAUCUGUGGCCAGAGUAAUAUUAAUCAGACAUUGAGCAGAUGGUCUGCGAUGGGGCAGCUUUUCCAAAAAGCAAAGGACAAAGUGGACGUUUUUGCCAUUUGCAGAUGGUUGACUGAGGAACAAGAUGGGAGAGAAAUGCACAAGAAAACAAUGAAUGGGAUUGGAGUAAUGAUAGAAAAAAGUUGGUAUCGUGUGUAUACGUAAUACUAAGAGAGAUGCUUAUAUGUUGAUGAAAUUGUUAAGUUGACCUGUUGAUAAAGCUUGUUUGUGUGACAUGACAUUUAUGUAAAUGUCAUUAAUUCAAAUGAAGCACUCAUUAGAUUUGUCAGCUAAUGAGGUACUAUUAAAGAUGAUAUAAAUGUGGAGAAAUGAUUUACAGAAUGUGAACAAAAGGAAUUACAGUAAAUCCUUAUGUAUAGUCUAAUGCAAAUUUCUGCCAGGACAAUUUACCAGAUGCUGUCCUAAUUGUAAAAUACUUGAAAUACAUCCACAUGAUAACAAAUGUUGAACAUGCAUGCUAUAUCUUUAUAUAGAUCGUUUUGUACCACUAUUAUAAGAACUGCCAUGUGUAAGUGUGUAUAUACAGAUAUAACAAAUAUGCAUGUAUGUAUCCAUGAUGCAUGGAUCAUAUAUGAAGAUGAGAGUGGAUAAGAGGUGCUCCCACGUCUGAAUUCCUCUAUCUACAGACAUUUAUCGCUGUAAUGACGGGGCUUAUGAUAACAUGUAAAUGACUAAUGGCAGUUCUGUAUGCAGCUCGCCUGUCUGAUGUUAUAUAAUGUUUGAUCUUUCGCCUAUCUAAAAGAUAAGCAAGCCCAGAGUGCAAACCUGAAAUAUCAUCCAUAAAUAUGAAUUGAAAAGGGUUGCCUGCCAAAUAUUAGUCCAAAGACAUAAACACAGAAAAAAAUGCAGUAUAAAAUGGUCAUAAAACUUUACUAAUCUUAUAAGUGUACCUCAGGGAGAAAAUGUAAAUAAAAAAAAAAACGUAUGAAUUGACCCCUUUAAAAUUAAUAAGGUGUUUAAUUCAGGCUAUAACUGAUAAAACACUACAGUUAAUCCACAGUGAAAACAGUCAGAUAUCCUGGACAGCAUUAAGUUAAGCUCAGAAAGUGAGCAUACAAGUGUUUAACUGUCUUUGCUGACAGCUGGGUGAGUGAGGUACUAAAUUACUGAUGUCUAGAUAAAGUCUGUUUUGCAGAACACUUGCACUCUUCCGUGUGAAAGAUGGAACAUCAAUUUUCUAAUUAAACUUCUGUAACACGAUAUUGUUCUGGCCAGGAAAGUGUAUUUAAACACGGCUUCCAGCAUAUGUCUUUUGAUGUACACUUGACUUCGUUUCAUAGUCACUGUACUGAGUAAUGGUGUUAAACUGUAUGUAAAAAUGAAUGAGAGCUGAAGUAUGGCAGUUUUUUUUUGUCUAUUAGGGACAGAAGACAAGACCAAGAGAUUUUGUACUUUUCUUGUGUUGUAGUGUACCAAAUGGACGGAAUAAUUCAAUAUGCAUAUUGCAUUGUUAUUC